AUGACGAAAGCAAUCAAUCAUUUCCUCAUCCUAAGUUUGCUAUCGAGAAGCUUCGCGGACGCGAAGUCGGAGCCACAGAGCGAAUCUCGCCACGUGGACGGCGGUAGGUGCGAAGAUAUGCGAGCCGGCUUGUCGCUGAAUUUGCGCGACGUUGGACUGCGUCGCCUGGACUCGGGUUUCAGCGAAAGUCCGCACAUUACUUGCUUGAACCUCGAAGACAACGACAUCACUUACGUCUGUCCGAGCUCCUUCAACUCGCUGCCGAAUCUUCUCUACCUGAAUCUGGCAAGAAACCACCUGUCCCUCGGGAAUUUUUCAAAUCUCGAUACGCUGCCGCGCCUGCGCACUCUUAUACUGGAUGGAAAUUCACUUGGCGAAGGUGUAACUCUUGAUUUUGUUAACGCGUUUCCCGAGCUCUCUUACUUGUACAUUAGAAACUGCAGUAUUGAAGAUAUCACCUCAUUGUUGUUCGCGCCUCGACUGCUGUACUUGAACUUAUCGUCGAACAUUUUGGGAAAGUCCAAGCUCGGCUUUCUCGAUGUGGUGCCUGCGACGUUGACAGCUAUAGACCUGGCGUAUAACGGCAUAGAGAACUUGAACGCGAGUAGCUUAUCCUCGGUGACCAGAUUACGCCUCGACGGUAACCAAUUCGUGAGGCUUUGCGGUAAGUCUUACUGUAGCGAGGCAGUGCUUAUGCUCGAGGGAGUGACUAAUCUGCGCUGGCUUUCGGCAUCGAACAACGCGCUAACGAGCGUCGAUUCCGAUGCCUUCGACGACACCGCCAACAUCGUGCACUUGGAUUUGUCGCACAACAAGAUCAACAGCAUACAAAAAGGCACUUUUGAGAAGCUCGAGGAACUGAAAUACUUGUCACUCGAGGACAAUUUACUGAAAACCAUACCAGAACUGUGCAAUCUUGAAUCGUUGCGGCACCUGCAACUCGCUAAAAAUUUCCUGCCCGCAGUGAAUAGCGACUCCUUCUGCCAGAUCGAGAACCUCACGUUCGUUGACUUGAGCGAUAACAAAAUCAAAUUCGUGGAAGAGGGCGCGCUUGACAAACUGGUUCACUUGGAGAUUCUCAAACUCUCGAAUAAUUUGCUUACGACGUUUUCCAGCUCGUGGCUGGAGCGGCUGAAGAAUCUGCGCAGCCUGUAUGUCGACGGUAACAGGUUGAAAAGCCUGAGCGAUCUUGGCCUUGCUGCUGUGCAUAUGUUUGCCAAGUUGGAGCACGUGUACGCGCAGAACAAUUGGAUUGCGCAAUUGUACACGGGUUCGCUACUCACCGAGGUCAGGAAUCAACCAAAUGUCACUAUUCAGUUGUUUGAUUUUACUAGUGACGUGCAGAAAAAUUUAUUGAGCGCGGAAUCUCGUAAGUGCGAUUGUUCGUGUAACGAUAACGAAAUAUUUUUCCUGUAA